AUGGCUGAUCCCAAUGACUCUAUUAAUUCUUUAGAACAUACCAUUUCAGAUGCAGCUACGGGGUCUACGAUUUCAUCUACCCUACGGGGUCUACUUUCCUCUGCUCACCACUCUACUAUUGUUUACUUACUGGUUUAUAUGGAUGAUAUCCUUGUUAUGGGUAACAAUCAGACUGUGUUAGAUGAUCUGCUCUCCAAGUUGUCCAUUGCUUUCAAAAUCCGUGACCUUGGUGAGCUUGGUUUUUUUCUUGGGAUUGAGACUAUCAAGUGUGCUGAUGGUCUUAUGCUUUCACAACGUAGAUAUAUGAAUGAUAUUCUUAAACGUGCUGGUAUAGCUGAUUGUAAACCUCUUGCUACUCCUCUGUCUAUUUUGAGCCCUUCCUCUGUCAGCUCAGACUUGUAUGAUGAUGUUAUUCGAUACAGGAGCCUGGCUAGUGCGUUACAGUACUUGACUGUCACGAGGCCUGACUUGUCUUUUGCAGGCACUUUGUCUAUGGGCUUACGGCUGCGGAAGUCUGCUUCUACUAAGCUGCAUGCGUUUUCUGAUUCUGACUGGGCUGGUUGUCCUGAAGACAGAAAAUCCAUUAGUGGUUAUGUUGUGUUCCUUGGAACAAAUCUCGUGUCAUGA